ACAUCCAAAAGGAAGUACGAUGUCUGCCAAGAAAAACACCUCGAAGGUUUCCGAGAUCGACGCUCACGUCAGCAAUCAGUACGACAUCAUUCGACGUCUUGGCAAAGGGGCAUACGGCAUAGUAUGGAAGGCAAUUGACAAGAAAACGAAGGAAACGGUAGCAGUGAAGAAGAUCUUCGAUGCAUUUAGAAAUCAAACGGACGCACAGCGUACAUUUCGUGAAAUAAUGUUUCUACUAUCAUUUUCCAAUCACGAGAACAUCGUACGACUGAUAGGCUUACAUAAAGCGGACAACGAUUGGGACAUUUAUCUCGUAUUCGAAUACAUGGAAACCGAUCUUCACAACGUCAUUAAGAAGGGCAACAUCCUCAAGGACAUCCAUAAGGUCUUCAUCAUGUAUCAAUUGUUCAAGGCCAUCAAGUAUAUACACUCUGGUAACGUCAUUCACAGAGACUUGAAACCAUCUAAUGUUUUGCUGAACGCUCAAUGCCAUUGCAAGAUAGCUGACUUUGGCCUAGCACGAUCUGUCACACAUAUCGGUGAAGGUGACGGCGAGACCGGAAGCGAUCCAACUCUGACCGAUUACGUUGCUACAAGAUGGUAUCGUGCACCGGAAAUAUUGAUUGCCUCAAAAAGGUACACAAAAGGUAUCGAUAUGUGGUCAUUAGGUUGUAUUCUCGGUGAGAUGUUACUCGGUAAGCCAUUAUUUCCUGGUUCAUCGACGAUUAAUCAAGUUGAGAGAAUAAUGGCUACUCUUCCAGCACCAACGGAAGAAGAUUUGAUUUCGGUUAGCGCUGGUUAUGGUACAAAUUUGUUAGAAAAAAGUCCUAGUGGUCCAAAACGUUCGUUAAAAGAUUUAUUGCCGGAAACAUCGAAAGAAGCAUUAGAUCUUAUUUGCAAUUUAAUAAUGUUCAAUCCUGUGCAUAGACUGACGGCAGUCGAAGCUUUGGAACAUCCCUAUGUAGCUAGUUUUCACAGAAGAGGAAACGAGCCUUCAAGAACAACCAGCGUAGUGCCAUUGCUAAGAGACGACGUACAACUCUCAGUUGAGGAAUACAGAAAUAAGCUUUAUGCGAUGAUGGAUGAAAAGCAUAGGAAACAUAAAAAUAUGUCGAAAGCCAGAGUUAGACGUCUCUCGGAACAUAUCAGAAAGGAAACCUACAAUUCUACAAAUAAUGGAAACUUUGUAGUUGGUCAAGGUGAUGGAACAACUGGUAAAAAUCUUCGUUCCUCGUGCGGUGAUCUGCGUAAUAACAAAAAUAGUCAACAAACUAACGCACGAGCAAGUUUGGCAAAUAGAAAAGUAAUAGCGGUGUCGCAAAGUCGUUCAUGUGACGAUAAUGUUCAAAUUGGUAAUACGAGGAUAAUAAAUACGUCAGGAAAUAUAUCGAUACAAGAUAAAUCAAAGAAUACUCGACACAAUGGUAAAAAUCCAACCUCUCAAUACGCUUAUAAUCUUUCGAACGGUGAUUUAAGAAAUUUACCAGCAGGAACUACUAAAAGUUGUCUUUGUCUGAGUCAACAAAAUCAACACCUGUCGAAGUCACAACGAUCAAUACAAUCAGAUCAACUAGCAGCGUACGGUGCCAAUAUAAGAAACAACCAAUUAGAAGGAGUAGCACGUACUAAACUGCGAAGAGGAAACUGCGAUAGGCAAAUACGUUCGACUCAGCAUCAUCAUCAUCAUCAACGUCCACCGAUAGUAAACAAUAAUAUCGAUCGAUCUAACACAUCUAAGUUGAAUGAGACAAACAAUUCGAAACUUGGUUUAUUAAGGUAUAAUAAGUAUUUAACUACCAUGUUAAACAACAACAAUAACACUAACAAUAAUAGGAUAACGAAACACUUUGUAACGACAUCUCCAAGUAACAGUAACAUUUUGAAUGGGAUUAGUAAUAGUAGUAAUAGUGGUGGAAGUGCAAGCAGUUCGGAACUUUAUGCUCCACGAAGAUCAAGUUCGCAAUAUCAAAUUGUUAAAAAUUAUUUAAAUCAGUCCUUACCACUUCAUGCAUCGUCAGCUCAAAAUCAACAUCGGCAUCAGCAUCGAAAUCAAAAUCAACAGCAGCAGGAACAACAAUAUCAUUAUCAAGAACGCCAAAGUGAAACUCGAGGAUCAGAAAAAGUUCUAUCAAAAUUAGAAAAGUUGGAUUCAAUCGAUAAGUAUCGUAUUAAAAAUUUCACAUUGAAGAAACCAGAGAAAACGAAGAUUCAAACGAGACACAGUUUAGGUGGAUUAAGUGUUCUCAAUAAUGAAAAGAAUUCGAUCGAAAUUAACUCGCAAACUAUCGAUAGUACCAAUCAAGGUCAUGGUAUUAUCAACGCUUCUGUUUACAAGGAUUUACGUAAUGGGAUUAUAAGGUGGUGAUAAAUGAAUGAGAAAAACUUUCGAAAGAAACAAUGAAAGUACAAAUGUAAAAGUGAAAAAGAGAGAGAGAGAGAGAGAGAGAGAAUAAAAUAAUAGGAUAAUUCAAUUCUAUAUAAAAUCGAACAGCAAAUAGAAUCAAAUUUUAAAUCAAUUACACAAUAUAUCAUUCACAGAAACGAAUCAUUCUUAUUCACUUUUAUGUCUUUAUAUCUCGAAAAUAAUU